AUGGAGAAACUUGUAAGUCAGGUGAAGAAGUGGCGAGGCGUUCCUGACCGGGUCGAAGAUCUGUCCCACAGUCAGUACUCUCUAGUGUCUAAUGGAGACCUGACGGUUGGCACGCUGCAACUCUGGCUUGAGUUACCAGAUGAGAUCAAGUAUGACCCUGCUCUUGACCAGUUUAAAACACACUACGAGAAGGAACAUGGGAGUGUCCUUUUUCUCAAAUAUGAAUUGGAUCAAAAGAAAACUAUACUCUAUCAAAUGAAACAUGAAUGA